GUGAAUUUAGAUUUAGUGGUGGUGUGGUGUAACGAAAAUAAGUUAAAAAGAGUACUGUGUUGUGAUUAUGGAUUCUUGGAAGUUGGAAGCUUUUCGCGCUUAAUUGUACAAGAUUCCAGAGAACUAGUGCCAGUGAUGUGCAAGUGAUGUGAAGUGCGUGUGACAGUGAUAGUUAUACUCAGCGCGAUGAUCAUGACGAUGAUGUUGUGUCGCUCGCACGUAUUUUGCGGCGUGUUGCUCGGGUUCCUGCUCCAAUGCGUGGACAGCCAGCAGGAGGUACUGCUUGAGGAAUCAUCCUCGAUUGAGUCCCUUCACGCGCCAACGGGGGGUGGUGUGGAGCUACCCUGUGACGUCACACCGACAUUGCCUGACGACAAGAUGGGACUUGUCAUCUGGUACAAGCAGGGGCACGACUCGCCGAUAUACUCGUUGGACACGAGAGAAGGCGUGACUUCACACUGGUCCGACCCUUCCACUCUCGGCGCCAGAGCCACCUUUAGGAGCGAUACGAAACCUGCUGUCUUGGUCCUUACCAAACUAAGGCCUGAAGACAGCGGGCAAUAUAGAUGCAGAGUGGACUUCAUCAAGUCACCGACUAAAAAUACGAGACUGAACCUCACUGUACUCAUACCACCUGAAAGGCUGAUAAUCCUUAAUCACGAAGGUAAUGAAAUCCAGGAUAGGGUUCUGGGACCUUACGACGAAGGGACCGAAGUUAACCUAACCUGUGUUGCAGUAGGAGGUCGUCCAACAGCAAGAGUAUCUUGGUGGAAGGCUCACGCACUUCUCGCUAACUCAGAAGCGAGAGCCACAGUGUCUUUUAGACUGCAGAGGUCCGACGUUGGCACCGAUAUUACUUGCCAGGCUGUCACCGAUCCGUCAUUGACCCCGGUGUCCGAAACCCUGUCUAUAGACGUGAACCGUGAGUAA